GGCUUUUAUUUGACAGUAUCCGGAAGCUAAGUGCGUGGUGCCAUCAGGUCUCUUUCAGAAAAGCGGACGCGCAGCUUCAUUUCUGCGUAUCUUUCCUCUGGAAGGACCGGCAACUGGACCCUGACGAAGCCGAGCCGAGCAGAACCGAGCAGAACUGAUCUCAGACAGACGGUUCAUCUGCUGCAGAGCCUAGCAGACUCAAGGUGUGUUUACUUCAGGGUGGUCUGAUGUGGAUCAGCAUGCAGUGGGGGUCUCACGUCUGCAGGGAUUGAACCUGGGAGCUGUGUGCAACAUGGUGUCUGUGUUAGCAGUGUGUUUCCUGCUUCUUCCUGCCACCGCCGCAGGUCUACAGUUGAGGCUCAGAGAGUGUGCCUUCACUGACCAGCCGCAGGGGACGGAGCCCCUCAGCACACCGUUCAAUGAGCUGCGAGGAGAGGUGCAGGAAAACGGCACGGUGCGCUGCAUCCACGGCUCCCGCUGCUAUGGAUUGUGGGAAAAGAGACCAGACGGGGAAGUGCAUCUGGUGAAGCAAGGCUGCUGGACUCACAUUGGUAGCCAGCAGGAGUGUCACGGUAGCCGUUGCCUGGUAACAGCAACGCCCUCUCAGGUCCAGAACGGCAGCUACCGGUUCUGCUGCUGCAGCCGAGACCUGUGCAACACCGCCUACAGCGAAGCCCCGCCCCCCGACCUGAGGCCGCUGAGGACCGAUGGGCGGGUAGGCGGACAAACAGAUCAGCAGCUGCUGCGGCGGGGGGAGGCGGUGCUUAUCGCCUUGGCAUUCAUCGCCAUAGCAGCCAUCAUCGUCGUGGCUCUGUUCCUGGGAUACCGCAUGAUGAGAGGGAAGCAGAAGCACAGUCUGUGGGCUCAGGACCAGAUGGAGACAGGAAACACUGCUGUGGACCUGGACCACCUAAAACUACUGGAGCUGAUUGGUCGGGGUCGUUACGGCACAGUGUUCAGAGGCUCUCUUAACGAGCGCUGCGUUGCCGUCAAACUCUUCACUUCGGCCAAUCGGCAGAACUUCGCCAACGAGCGCUCCAUCUAUCGUCUGCCGCUGCUGAAGCAGCACGACAACAUCGCCCGAUUCCUCGCCACCGACGAGAGGACGGCCGCAGAUGGACGAGCAGAGUUCCUCAUCCUCAUGGAGUACUACCCUCAUGGCUGUCUGUCCUCCUACCUGUCUGUCCACACAGUGGACUGGUCUACCUGCUGCAGGCUGACUCACGGUGUGACCAGAGGACUGGCCUUCCUUCACUCUGAGCUCUCCAGAGCAGGUCAGUGUAAACCCGGCGUGGCCCACAGAGAUGUGAGCAGCAGGAACGUGUUGCUGCGGUCCGAUCUGUCCUGCGUCCUCGCCGACUUCGGGCUCUCCAUGACUCUGACGGGCAGCCAGCCCCCCCGCCCCGGGGACGACGACACCAUGGCUAUCUCUGAGGUGGGCACAGUGCGGUACAUGGCCCCGGAGGUGCUGGGGGGGGCUCUGGACCUGAGGGACUGUGCGGCGGCUCUGAAGCAGGUCGACGUCUACGCCCUGGGGCUGCUGUACUGGGAGAGCUUCAGACGCUGCUCACACCUGUACACAGGUGAAGCAGUACCGGAGUACCAGCUGGCGUUCCAGGCGGAGCUCGGACACAAUCCGAGCUUCGAGGAGAUGCAGAUCCUGGUCAACAGAAACAAGUCCAGACCAAGAAUCCCCGAGGCCUGGAGGCUCCUCAGCCCGGCGCUGCGUUCCCUGACGGAGACAAUGGAGGACUGCUGGGACCAGGAUGCUGAAGCUCGACUCACCGCUCAGUGUGCAGAGGAGAGACUGUGUGAACUCACACUGCUGCACAACCACAGGAUUGAUCCUCCUCCCGUUGGUCCUGCCUCCUCACAGGAUCUGGGCGUGGUUCAAAAAGUCCAUGGUGACGAUUUUGCAGCAUCUGUCGUCAGGGCGACCAGGAGUGGAGCAGAAGCCGCCGGAAGAUACUACAUGAUUGAUGGUGAUUUGGAUGAUGUCAAAAACAAACACACCUGUAUAAGUCUCACAGCUUCAGGUGGUGCGGUGCCCAGAGUCUGCCCGCAGCUGACAGAAGAAGACCUGGAGACCCUAGACCCCGAACAGGUAAAUAGCUCAGUUCUGGCUCUUCAGGGUGAACUGGGUGGUGUUGGUUCCUCCUCCAUACACCCUCUCCCCAAACAGCAGAAUCUGCCCCAGAGACCAACCAGCCUCCAGCUCCAGAACAACGACCCAGCGUCCUGCCGCCUGAAGUUGGGGAAGCUCCGGUCCAACCUCAGACAGGUGGAGACCGGCGUCGCUAAGAUGAACACGGUUACAGUCGCCACGGCUACAGAGCCCCACCAGGUAACCACGGGGACAAAGACCAGCGUCGCCACUGGUUACAGUGCAGGAGUCCCCGUCCUGGUGAUGAACUCUGUGGUACUGACUGAGGACGAGGAGAACCGGACCAACCUGCUGAACCCGAGUCCUGAUGAACAUGCCCCCCUGCUGAGGAGGGAACCAGAACUGCAUAAGGCCUCAGAAACCACGUCCAGACCUAACUCCAACAACAACAACAACAGGAUCCAGCUCGCAGACCUGAAGGGUCUGGGCCCCUGUGUCCAGCGAGCCCUUUGUGCAGGACCAGUUCUAGAACCUCGCAACAGAGAUUCAGAUCGCGGCUCAGCUCCAGGAGCCACCUCGUCCUCUGAAGCCAGAUCCUCAGCUGCCCAGAACCUGGAUCCAUACCAAGGAGCUCCUGAGCCUGCAGCUUUUGGGUCUUUGGAGGAUCUGGAGAGCACAGAAGCUCCAGCUCUAGAACCUGCAGAUCUACGUGAGCGUCCCCGGUCCCUGGAUCUGUCCUCGACUGGCGUCCUUUCAGAUAGCAGUCUGAAGAUAAAGCGCCGUGUGAAGACCCCGUACAUCCUGAAGAAAUGGCGCCCGGCCUCUUGGGUCGUUCCCUCUGACGCCACUUUCUACUCGGAGUUCAGCCGCCAGCGAGCAGGAAGCGUCUCCAGGAUCCGUCCGUCCAGAUUCACGACCUCUGACCCUAACACCUGCUUCUGAAGUCCGUCAGGAGUGGAUCUUUUUACUUCUCUUUUAUUGUGAAAGAUGGAGAAAACAGACUGAAGUGAAUUAUAUUAUAUUGGAGGACAGGAAGUGCCCCAAACCACUUCCUUUCUUAUAGUUACUGACUACCUUUACACAAGAUAAAUACUCCAGUUUUCCUACUGAGCAGUUCCUUAAUACACAGUCACUGAUAUUCCUGUUUAUAUGAAGACUGCAUGGAGUGAAGCAGGGAUGUGGUGUUUCUGUGUUGGUCCCUGAAGGCAGCGUCUUCCCGAUGGAAUGGGAUUCCUCCAUGUGAUUUUGGAUGUCAGAAAAUAAUCUGUGUCAAAUGAACGUUUAGUUCAGCAGAAUAAUCUCCACAUGUUAACACCACUUUAUGAUUUCUGAAAUAAAGAGCUAAUGUUGGGCUAUAGAGGAACUACAGCACGGUCACAUGACUUCACCUGACCACGCUAAGCUAAAGGAGGCUAAUGUUGGGCUAUAGAGGAACUACAGCACGGUCACAUGACUUCACCUGACCACGCUAAGCUAAAGGAGGCUAAUGUUGGGCUAUAGAGGAACUACAGCACGGUCACAUGACUUCACCUGACCACGCUAAGCUAAAGGAGGCUAAUGUUGGGCUAUAAAGGAACUACAGCACGGUCACAUGACUUCACCUGACCACGCUAAGCUAAAGGAGGCUAAUGUUGGGCUAUAAAGGAACUACAGCACGGUCACAUGACUUCACGUCACCACGCUAAGCUAAAGGAGGCUAAUGUUGGGCUAUAAAGGAACUACAGCACGGUCACAUGACUUCAUCUCACCACGCUAAGCUAAAGGAGGCUAAUGUUGGGCUAUAAAGGAACUACAGCACGGUCACAUGACUUCAUCUCACCACGCUAAGCUAAAGGAGGCUAAUGUUGGGCUAUAAAGGAACUACAGCACGGUCACAUGACUUCAUCUCACCACGCUAAGCUAAAGGAGGCUAAUGUUGGGCUAUAAAGGAACUACAGCACGGUCACAUGACUUCAUCUCACCACGCUAAGCUAAAGGAGGCUAAUGUUGGGCUAUAAAGGAACUACAGCACGGUCACAUGACUUCAUCUCACCACGCUAAGCUAAAGGAGGCUAAUGUUGGGCUAUAAAGGAACUACAGCACGGUCACAUGACUUCAUCUCACCACGCUAAGCUAAAGGAGGCUAAUGUUGGGCGUGAUGACAUUUAGCUGUCUCCUUUAGACACUUUAGAAACCUCAUUUUCAAAUCCACCAACGGGGUAUUUAGUGACGUGGUGGUAAACGUUAAAGUCUCUUCAGCUCGUGUUACCACAGACUUUAUUUCAGGAUAACAACAAAAACACAAUCAGAAAACCAUUGACCUACAGACCAGGAGACAGGAAGGGAAGAGCCAUGGCAGGGUUUAGGACUGUAUAUCCGUAGAACAGUGUUUAUCAUCUGAUGGAUUAUUUACACACAUUAUUAUUUAAGCACUUUAAAAUGAUUUAGCCAUAUUAAGGAUCCCUGCGAUCACAUUACACCUUUAUUUUAAAGGUCCCCUAUUAUGCAUUCUUUCCUGUCUUUAUACAUAAAUAUGUGUCUCCGGUGUGUAAGGAGACUCUCAAAGUGUCAGAGAGUACAACCCUCUCUCUUUUUCUCCGUACCCACAUCUCUAUAAACCGGGGUACAAACGAGCUGAUCCAGAUUGCUGCGGUUAUGAUGUCAUAACUGAAAUGUGGGCUGGCUUUACGUUGAACUCCUGGCAACGCCCCCCCACGUGACACGUCCCAACCUAUCGUCCCGCGUAAACAGUCGAGCUGAACCCCCCCCCCAGCACCUCUGUGUGUUCAGCAGGAUGUCUGCAGGAGGGACUGAGAGUGGUUGUAUAAUGUCUCUGUUCUAGAGCUGAACUCUGAGAAGUGUUUCAGAAAUAAUGCUGGAUGUGGUUUGGAACAUCAUAUGGGGUUUAAUCACGGCAGCGUUUAGCUGAGUCUCUCCGUUAGAAACUCCUCUCUUCAGAGGAGAGAUCAUGAUGCUGCAAAGGGGCGUGGCCAGCUUCAGCUCUAAGGGGGCGUGGUCAGCUUCAGCUCCAAGGGGGCGUGGCCAGCUUCCGCUCCAAAGGGGCGUGGCCAGCUUCAGCUCUAAGGGGGCGUGGCCAGCUUCAGCUCCAAGGGGGCGUGGCCAGCUUCCGCUCUAAGGGGGCGUGGCCAGCUUCAGCUAGUUCAUUUAAAGCUCCAGUCACAGAAUCAGCACUUCAGGAACAGGGCUGAAACAGAGGGGGGUGGGGCAUGCUACAAUGGGGGAUCUGUCUGGUGUUUUGAGCAGAACACUUCAGACAUGUUUUUAUGGAUACUCCUACAAUAUGUUGUUCAGAUAUAGCAUGAUAGGACACCUUUGAGACAUCCUCUGGUGAACGUUUGAUAGGACACACUUUCCUUUUGAUUUAAAGCUUUACUGUGCACUGGCAGAUUCAGUGUUGUUUUUGUGCUUUUAUUUUGAAAGUAUUUCAAUAUGAGCAGAAACAAUAUGAACUUUAAACUCAGUCCAAGUUCACACCAAAAGAAGAACGCCACGUUAAGAUAAAGUGAGAAUAACUUGUAGUUUUUAUGGGAAUUGUUAUGAGAAGGGGAAUUUUGGAGAUGAGUUGAAAAUUCAGUGAAAAUAAAAAGUCAAAUAUUUCCAGAGAUAAAAGCCAACCAAAGAGAGGGGCUCUUCAACAGCAUGAAAACAUUCAUUACUACGCACUUGUUUUAUAUUGAGUUAUAUUUAGAACACUAAUGUAAACCUUACAUUUAAAUGCGAUAUCAAGAAGUGAUUGGAGUUUAAGACAUCUGAAAAAGUGGAUCUUUACUUGUAUAUUUUUAUGUUACAUUAACAAUUAAAUGCAGUUUAGUUUUUAUACAACUCAUCAUUCCUCUGAUGUAGUGUUGAUUUUAUAGACGUCAGGUUUUCAUGAACAAACUGCUGCUUUAAAAGUGAGAAGGAAGCCCCUUAACAUUCCUCUGGCUUUGUUUUAAAUGUAAAGAUGUUUCUUUCAUUUUGUCUUCAGGAUUGUUUCGAUAUGUUUAUGGAGAUUACAUCCCUGCUGAAUGAUCCCUUUAAUAACACGUAUUGAUGUUCAGCUUUAUGAUUAGUCUCGACAUGUUUAUCUGCGUUAUCGGCUCAGGAGGGUAAAGGCUGAAGGAUUAUCAACAUCACUUUAAGGCUCAACAGGACCUUUGGAGGUUAAAACAUAUCAGAGAAUAUCUAUGAGUUUGUCUCAGUCAUUCAGUCUGAAUAUUAACGCCAGAUCAUUCAUAUUUGGACUUUGAACCAACGAUGGCCGUUAUUCAUUUCAGUUUUUAGAUUGUUGCUCUGGAAACAUAAAACAUGGUCCCUGCUGAUGGAAAGGUUUCCUUUAUGUGUGUGUAUGUACUUCCCUGUUUACCAGCUAGUGCUCACAGUCCUCCAGAUGUACGUCAUCAAUGCAGCCUGCGCUUCAUCAACAGGUACAUCCAGAGGAACACAGUCUCAGUUCUUCUCUGAAUAAAGUUA